AUGGCUCCCCAACCUGGUGUGCCUGCACGCCUCGGUCAGUAUCCCCAAUUCGCCCCCGCCUUUGCUGGACGGCUACUAAAUCCCGUAGAGAGGGUCGAUUCGCAACCUGAAAACCCAUAUUCCGGGCUCAUCACCGAUCAAACGAUCGUCAACAUCCCUUCGUUCACUCUCGAAUCCGGUGUCACUCUCUAUAACGUUCCGGUGGCCUAUACCUCGCGGGGACAGUUGUCGCCUGAGGGGGACAAUGCGCUCGUUAUUUGCCAUGCUCUGAGUGGCAGUGCUGACGUUGCCGACUGGUGGGGUCCUCUGCUAGGCGGGCCCGGUCAGGCUUUCGACACCUCGCGGUUUUUCGUGAUCUGUCUGAACAGCCUGGGUAGCCCGUACGGUAGCGCCAGCGCCGUGACUUAUAAGGAUGGCAACCCGGAGAAGGGGCUCUAUGGCCCCGAAUUCCCUCUCACCACUGUGCGUGAUGACGUUAGAAUCCACAAGCUCGUGUUGGAUGACCUGGGUGUUAAGCAAAUCGCCGCUGUGGUUGGUGGCUCCAUGGGUGGAAUGCUCACUCUAGAGUACGCGUAUUUCGGCAAAGACUACGUGCGCGCGAUUGUUCCGAUUGCCACGUCCGCUCGUCAUUCGGCCUGGUGUAUCAGUUGGGGUGAGGCGCAGCGUCAGAGUAUCUACAGCGACCCGAAGUAUGAGGACGGCUACUACCCGUUCGAUGACCCGCCGGCGACAGGUCUGGGUGCAGCUCGUAUGUCUGCUCUUCUCACCUACCGCAGCCGGAAUUCAUUCGAGUCCCGGUUUGGCCGCAAUGUUCCGGACCCGACCAAGCGGCAGAACAUCAACGGCAGUGAGAAGUUGCCGACUCCUCCCAACGAGCACUGGGUCAUCCAUAAUGAUGGCCAUAAGAGUGGCCGUACGUCGGAGCGAGGCUCGCCUGUUCCGCAGAACUCGACGCCCACUGAGAUCCAGUACACCGACCCCCAGUUUUCUGGAGCCAAGACUUUCAGCAAGUCCCUUGAGAACAAGGAGAAUGGCACGAAGAAGCGGCCCCCAACUUACUUCUCCGCCCAGUCUUACCUUCGGUAUCAGGGAGAGAAGUUUGUGAAGCGGUUCGAUGCCAAUUGCUACAUCGCCAUCACCCGCAAGCUCGACACGCACGAUGUCUCGAGGCACCGCGCCAGCCCGGAGUCUUCCCAGCCUGUCUUGGAGGCUCUGGGACAGAUUCAACAACCCGCAUUGGUGCUGGGAAUCGAGAGCGACGGGUUGUUUACUUUUGAAGAGCAGAAGGAGAUUGCUGCGGGCAUCCCCGAUUCCCGGCUCAAGCGGAUCGAGAGUCCGGAGGGUCAUGAUGCCUUCCUUCUCCAGUUCGAGCAGGUUAACCGCUACAUCCUGGAGUUCUUCCGCGAAGUCCUCCCGGACAUUAUGUCCAAGCCGCCCGCCGACGGGGCCAGCGGAGUGGACGGGGUUAACAAACUAACCAAGAGCAGCACCUUCGGGGAAGCCGAGGUGGAGGACAUUACCGCGUGGUAA